CUCUAGUACUUAUCUAAGUAUUUGGGUAAACAACCUAAACAACCUUUACGACUCAUACGCAACGUUUUCAUUAUUACCAAUUAUUUCAACUGCAGGCCAAGCGAAGGGUUGGUCGGAACUGUCAUAUGCUUGGGCGAUCUCAGCUAUAUUAAAGGGCAUUUUGGUCCAACAAAUAAAUAUUACCAAACGCUUUUGGUUCGCGCAACGGCAGACGCCGCUUAUCGCACCUCUUACAUUGGCCAGUCUCGACAAUCCUUAUACUCAGCAACCUCCAGUAGCAAUUUAGGUACCUAGUACCCUACCCUUACUACUGUCACCUAUCGCCCGCCUACUUCAUCACCACCCCCGGAACUUCCUCGACUUCGGAACCUACCUCACCCAUCCAUCCCCAUCUGUAUAUCUGUAAGAAAAGGGAUGAUGGCAACCGAAUUUGUUAUGCCUAGGCUAUCCGAGCAGGCACAGGCGCAUUUCUUCCCAUAUCACCAUAUAUCUGUGGCAAUGGCGCAGGCGCAAGCGCAAGCGCAAGCACAAGCUCAGGUUCAAUCGCCCACGUACCCGUCUCAAGGAUAUCAGUCUCAACAAAUCUCGCCGCUGAGUACCUCGAAUAAUGGCUCACCAACAUCACCUAAGCCAUAUCAUCGUCAACGACUGCGACCUCUCUACAUGCCUGCCGUUCUACGACCCACCGAACAUUUUUCCAAAAACUUCAUCGGAAGGAAGUCAGAAGUACAGGAAGAUGACGAUUCGUUGCCAUCAAACAAUAGCUUCAUCAGUUUGACUGGUCUGGCCGCACUUAGCCGAUUAAGCCGCCGCGCCACCGGGGACAGCGGAAAAUGGGUUGAUGGUGAUUGGGAUUGGGAUAUGGAUAUGUUUCCCAAACCUACGGCAAUGCCCACACGACUUCACUGGAAGCCCGAUCCGGAAUCUUCCAUCUGUGACGAACCCUCGUGUAUGCGCCACUUCAACUACUGGACACGUCGACACCACUGCCGAAAAUGUGGCAACAUCUUCUGUGAUUCGCACUCGGCUUUCGACGUCCCCCUUGACCAAGACGCGAACUACAACCCAAGAGGCACCCCUAGCCGGGCAUGCUCUCACUGCUUCUCGGAAUUCAAAAUGUGGCGUAGUCGAACAAACAGCCAGGCCUCUAGUGAAGACUCGUCCUCCGGCAGAGGUUCUCAGACGACACCAAACAGCCCAGCAACCGCGACGGCAAUACAGGGCCAGCUCGGUCACCAUCAGGACAUUGCCUUGAGUGUUCCUCGAGACUGGAAUUGGAGCACUUUUUAAAGUGACCUUAUUACAUAGGGCAAACAGGAGCCCAGGAGGCUUUUUCUCCUUCAUUAUAAUCCCAGUGUCUCUGCAAUCCGAAGCAGAACGGAGACCUGGUCACCUAAUUACUAUCAUACACGACGACACAACAAUACUUAAUCACGACGGAAAAUUCCUUACAACGACGAAAGGAAUACUCAAUCAUCACAUAGACUAGAUGUUCUUAUUUCCAGGA